CCGGGAACUGUUCGGGGAACUCAGAGCUGAGAUUCAGCCACAAGCUGCAGCUUCGGAGAAAGCCUUUGGAGGGGUACGGAGGAGAAGGAGAGAACUUGAAAGAAAUCAAAGAAAGGAAGAAUGAAAAUGACUGGCAAAUUCUUCGGGGUUUUGCUGCUCUUUGGAGCAGUCUCUCUCUCCUGCCAGGACUUUCACAACCGUUUCAAACGAGGAGCUAGAUCCUACAAAAAAAUCUGCAAAGAUGAAAAAACCCAGAUGGUUUACCAGCCGCGGCAAUCGUGGCUGCGACCUGCGCUCAGAAGUAACCGAGUAGAAUUUUGCAGGUGUGAUAGUGGCUCCAUCCAGUGUCACAGCGUACCUGUCCAGAGUUGCAGUGAACCAAGAUGCUUCAAUGGGGGGACUUGUAAACAGGCCUUGUAUUUCUCAGAUUUUAUCUGCCAGUGUCCCAGAGGUUUUGCAGGAAAACGAUGUGAAAUAGAUUCUAACGCAAUGUGCUAUGAAGACUUGGGCUUCACUUAUAGGGGAACGUGGAGCACAAGUGAAAGCGGGGCUGAGUGUGUGAACUGGAACAUGAAUGUCCUGCAGAGGCAGCGGUACCACGGGCGGAAGCCAGAUGCCCUCAAACUGGGCCUUGGGAACCACAACUACUGCAGGAACCCAGACAAAGACUCCAAGCCCUGGUGCUACGUCUUCAAGAAUGGAAUUUAUACCUGGGAGUACUGUAGCAUUGAGUCUUGCUCAAAGGACUGCUAUUCUGGAAAGGGCACAUAUUAUCGGGGCACUCGGAGCAAAACUGAAUCAGGCACUUCCUGCCUCAACUGGGAUACUUUACUUGGGAAAAGCCGACUUUACACAUCAUGGAGGAAGAAUGCACCCAGCCUGGGGUUGGGCAAUCAUAAUUUUUGCCGGAAUCCUGAUAAUGACGUUAAACCCUGGUGCUUUGUGCUGGAGGAUGACCACCUGACACAGGACUACUGUGACGUGCCCAAAUGCUCUACUUGUGGCCUGCGGCAGUAUAAAGAAAGCCAGUUUCGAAUUAAAGGAGGCCUCUUCGCUGACAUCACCUCCCAUCCUUGGCAGGCUGCCAUCGUGGCCAUGAAUCGGAGAUCCCCUGGGACAACACGUUUUCUGUGUGGAGGAAUACUGAUCGACUCCUGCUGGGUUCUCUCUGCAGCCCACUGCUUUGAGGAGAGUUUCAAACGCCACGAACUUAAGGUGAUUCUAGGCAGGACCUACCGGAAGGAAAAAGAGGAGGAUGAGCAAGAGUUUGAAGUGGAAAAAUACAUUGUCCAUGAAAAAUUUGUUUCAGAGACUUUUGACAACGAUAUUGCUCUCUUGCAGCUGAAAUCUAAAUCUGACUCACUACAAUGUGCUCAGGAAACCAACUCGGUGCGGCCCAUCUGCCUUCCCGAUGCAGGACUGCAAAUGCCUGACUGGACAGAAUGUGAGCUGUCUGGCUAUGGCAAGCAUGAGGAGAAUUCUCCCUACUACUCUGAGAGACUAAAGGAGGCCCACGUACGUCUCUACCCAUCGAGCCGCUGUACCUCACAGCACCUGUUUAAUAAGACAGUCACCAAGAACAUGCUCUGUGCUGGGGACACGAGAAGCGGAGGGGUGGAAGUAAACUUACACGAUGCCUGCAAGGGUGACUCAGGAGGUCCUCUUGUGUGUAUGAAGGAUGGCCGCAUGCGUCUGAUUGGGAUCGUCAGCUGGGGCAUUGGAUGUGGAGAGAAAGAUGUUCCAGGUGUAUAUACCAAGGUUAUCAAUUAUCUCAAAUGGAUUGAAGAUAAGAGGAGGCUUUGAACAGUUAAAAAACAAGUGACUGUCCUCAUAACCUGAUAGUCUCCCACCUACUUCCCUCUCAGAUGAAGCACUGAAGAGACUAA